UUCCCUAGUCUCGCGUCUCUUCUACUGCUCUCCCUCCACUUCGACUCCACUCCUCGUCUCCACGGCUGCACCUUUCCCACUCCCGUUGAGGCCGAAUUAAAAAUACCAAAAGAAAAAGGGAGAAAUUCCACCGCCCCCCUCGAGGCCCAGCUCACCGGCGGCCGACGUCUCCGGCCAUUCCCGGCGACCCUCCCCGCCCCCCCGCCGGCUCAUGCUUCUCGGCUCGGCUCCGGCGACCCCCCGAGCGUAGGCAGAUCUGGGCGUAGGUGGUGGGGGAGGAGGAGGACCUUGCUCCGUCGGGGAUGGGGCGGGGCUGCGGCCGCUGGUGGUGGGUCGCCGUGGCUUUGGUGGUGGUGGCGGCGGCGGCGGCGGCGGAGGGGGCGCGUGAGGAGGCAGCGGUGGCGGUGGCGGUGGCUCCGCGGCGGCACGCGUCGGCGAUGAUGUACAUGGGCACUCCCCGGGAUUACGAGUUCUACGUGGCCACGCGCGUCAUGAUGCGAUCCCUCGGGAGGCUCGGGUCGGACGCCGACCGCGUCGUGAUCGCCUCCCUCGAUGUCCCGCCGCGCUGGGUCCAGGCGCUGAAAGAUGAUGGUGUGAAGGUGGUCUCUGUGGAGAAUUUGAAGAAUCCUUAUGAAAAACAAGGGAACUUCAACAUGCGAUUCAAGUUGACUCUUAACAAGCUGUAUGCAUGGAGCCUAGUUUCCUAUGACCGAGUUGUUAUGCUAGACUCUGACAACAUUUUCCUCCAGAACACUGAUGAAUUAUUUCAGUGUGGCCAGUUCUGUGCUGUCUUCAUUAACCCUUGUAUCUUCCAUACAGGGCUCUUUGUGCUUCAGCCCUCAAUGGACGUUUUUAAGAACAUGCUACAUGAGCUAGCUGUUGGGCGUGAUAACCCAGAUGGUGCAGAUCAGGGCUUCCUUGCUAGCUAUUUCCCAGACUUGCUUGACCGACCAAUGUUCCAUCCACCAGUUAAUGGUACCAAACUUGAAGGAACAUAUCGUCUUCCGUUAGGCUAUCAAAUGGACGCAUCUUACUAUUAUUUGAAACUCCGCUGGAGCAUUCCAUGUGGGCCGAACAGCGUGAUUACAUUUCCUAGCGCUCCAUGGUUUAAGCCAUGGUAUUGGUGGUCUUGGCCAGUUUUACCUCUGGGACUUUCUUGGCAUGAACAACGCCGUGAAAACUUGGGGUAUUCAUCGGAGCUACCGGUUGUAUUAAUCCAGGCCCUAUUUUACAUUGGAGUCAUUGCAGUCACCCGACUUGCGCGGCCUAGUUUGUCAAAGAUGUGCUACAACAGAAGAAUGGAGAAAAGUACUAUAGUUUUGCUCACAACACUCAGAGUAGUGGCAGCAUGGUCCAUACUUGCAGCUUACACCAUACCCUUCUUCCUGAUCCCACGGACGGUGCAUCCGCUACUAGGUUGGCCACUAUAUUUGCUUGGUGCUUUCUCCUUUUCUUCAAUCGUGAUCAAUGUAUUCCUCCUCCACCCCCUUGCGGUCCUCACAACAUGGUUGGGGAUCAUCGGUGCUCUCUUCGUGAUGGCAUUCCCAUGGUAUUUAAACGGUGUUGUAAGGGCCUUGGCAGUGUUCGCCUAUGCAUUUUGCUGCGCUCCCUUGAUCUGGGGAUCUUUGGUUAAGACAAUGAGCUCCUUGCAGAUCCUGAUUGAAAGGGAUGCAUUCAGACUUGGUGAACCUAACCAGACAGCCGAGUUCACGAAGCUUUAUUGAGGUGUGUAUUGCAGAUACAUGUCAUUGCAUUUCAUCAGCUAAUUCCGAUUCGCAUUGGCUAUUCUGAUGGCCAAUUCAGUUGUACAAGUAAAACCGCAGAUGAAACUACAGUUGCACCUUUAACACCACCUGAAACCUUUGGAGCCCGUGAUAUUCUUCGUAAUUGCGUAGGUGACAUACAGGGCAAAGGGAGAGAACAUAGUUUGAUGUUUGUGUGUGGGGGGUGUUGGUUGUGGAAGUGGAACUGCAGAGGAACAUUAUAGAGUAAUUUUUUUGUUACUUCAUUUACUGCUCCUCUAAAAGAGCCAACACAUUCUUGGCUUUCUUGUAAUUGAUAUCAUCAGUUCCACACGUCCACUAUCAUGAGAUUCAGGUGUUCUUUGCAAAAUGCUGAUUGGAAAAAGAAAACUAUGUACUACCACUGGA